AUGGCAAAUGCAGAAAGACAUGUUUCUUCUCCUUCAAUUGCCAAAUUUGACCAAGAGAAGUGUCAGAUAGAAUUAGUGAAGAUGUUUAUAGCUAUGGAAAUUCCUUUUCGAUGUUUAGAGGAAAUUGAUGACUCUGUUUUAAAAAUUCGUGCUGCAAUGAAAUAUAUAAGAUCUUCUCCUUCUAGAUUGACAAAGUUUAAGGCAUGUAUUGAACGAGAAAUUGAAUACAAAGGUCUUGUUUGCCUAGAUGUUGAAACUAGGUGGAAUUCAACUUUUUUUAUGUUAGAAGGUGCUUUGAAACAUCAAAAGACAUUUGAAGAGCUUGAAAUGCAAGAUAGGAAGUAUACUGAAGAGUUAAACAAGGGGAAGGGUCUUCCUAUAAGUGAAGAUUGGGACUAUGGUAGCAAUGAUGAUCGUUAUAGAUAUAGUCAAUUUUUUCGAUCAAGUAGAAGUAAGAAUUAUGAAUUGAGUAAGUACUUGGAAGAAACUUUAGAAAGUCCAGAAAAUUUUGAUAUAUUAAAUUGGUGGAAGUUAAACUCAAGUAGAUUUCCAAUCCUUGCAAGCAUUGCAAGAGAGGUGUUGGCAAUACCUGUCUCCACUGUAGCCUCUGAAUCUGCCUUUAGUACUGGAGGAAGGGUACUCGAUUCUUACCGUACUUCCUUAACACCUAAAAUGGUGGAAGCACUUAUUUGCACCCAAGAUUAG